GCAGAUUAAAAUGUAAUGAUUUGUUAUAUUAGUAGACUUUCAUCAUUCGAUAUUGUUAUUAAAUAAAUACAUCAUUUAUCUCCUAGAUCGGUUUAGCUAAUGUUAAUUAUUCUCUCUCUUUCCUUAUUUCGUUUCAUAAUCAUCCGGAAAUAUGAAAAAUCGUAUUUCCUCAAAGUCUAAACCUAAAAUUACAUCUUCAACAAUGAAAAAUUCUCAAAAUAACGUCAAAGUUCUUAAUAUUAAACGUUCAGAUUAUCUUUCUUAUGAUGAUUUGAGGUCAAUGAGAAAAAAAGUUAAUGAAUUAACUACAUUAAAUUACGAUAAUGAAGAAUCAAAUAAUAUUAAUAUUACUGAUGACACAGGAGAUUUUAUGCAAGAUUUUAAUAAAAAUUUUGAAGAAAAUUAUUCAGGAGUUAUUUCUAUUGCUACAUUAUUCUGUACUAUUAAUAAAUUAUUUGAAGAUGUUGGAUGGAAAUUUUCUAAUUAUAAUAAAUUAGAUGUUAGUAAAUGUGAAUUGACUAAUCUUAUAACCAAACAAAAAUUUAAAAUUAACAUAUCUUUUGAUGAAGGUUAUGAAGCUGAUAUUAAAGAACAUAGAAUGAAAAAGAAAAAUGAAAAACCUGAAUAUUUUCAUGUUUAUGAUAACGAUGAAUCAAAAUAUUUGUAUAUGAAUAAUGAUGAUGAUAUUAAAAGUAAAGUUGUUGAUUUAAAUGAUGUGAAGAUUAUUAAUGGAGUUCAUGAUGAAAAUACUAUCGAUGGAAAAUUACAUGCUUAUUCCGCUGCAAGAACAAGAAUUAAAAGAAAUUUACCUGAUCUUCAAGAAGAAAUUUAUGUUAUUCUUGAAGAGGUUAGUGAUGAGAUAAAAAAUAGAGUAACACAUUUUGAUGAUCCUUUCUCUCUACUUAAAAUUUUUGAAGAGAAUUCUCACGAAAUUAAGAAUUCAACGAAAGAAAAAUUCGAUUGUGAUGACGAUCAAGAAUAUUUAACAAGAGAAUAUGAAAAAAUUGAAAAUAAUAGUUAUCAUUUCGUAUUGGUUGAAGGGAUUAACAACGUUAAUAGUGAAGAAAGGCAGAUUACAAUGCUACCGACAAACCAAAGUUUAAUGACAACGAACCCUUCUAAAGAUUUUUAUUACUAGCGCUUUCGAUAAUAUGAUUAUACCCUAAAAAAGUAUUGAAAUUUCAAUUUGAUAAUAAUGAAAUAAUGAUGAAUAAAUAAAUAGUUUGAUCCAUUCUUGCUUAAUAUUCAGGAGAAAUGUGUAAUGCUUUUAUGCUAUGAAUUAAUAUUAUUUAAAAAUUAUUGCAAAAAUAAAAUAAAUCAAGCGCACGUGCAUUUUACUAAAUUUAUGUCUUACAAUGGUGCUUUACCAAUUAAGCUGUUCAUUUUUUUGAUUAAUAUAUAUUAAGCUAUCAAAGGGUAGGCGCUCUGUAUUGUGUG